CUUGAUCUCACCUCACACCAACACCACAGUUGCCGUACAGCCGUAUUGCCGCUCGCCAUGUCUGACCGAGGCUCCAACUCCGGUCGACGGGUUGGCGGCUACUCCAGCUCUCCCCUCAGCGACGACAGCCACGCUCUCAGCCAGAUGCAGAGCCUCAAGUCUCGCCCACCCUGGGCAGCCUCAGCAGCGAGCUCGUAUGUGCGAUCUGGAAGCUACCGCGACAUCAACCUCCGAUCAGCGCACGUCUAUGUCGAAGAGGUUGCCAUGCAGGACUGGCCAGCUCAUAUCUUGCAACUCGCCGAAGCUCUCGCAGGCCCUGGUGGGGGCCCCGCUCCGGCUGUGCUCCAGCCCAAUCCUACCUUGACCGAUGACCCGUUGAGAGAAUCGGCCGUGACCCUUGCCGGACAAGUCAGCAACUAUCGCUUGAAGAGCGAGUCUGAUUGGAUGGAACUGAACAGGCGCGUACUGAGUGUACUCGAACAUGAUCAUCUCAUCAAAAGCCAGGACCGAAGGUUUGACGCUCAAGUCGGCCCCACGAGCGACACCAACCUCUUCCUUUCGACUCCGACGCCCGACCUCGCGUUUGGCCUGCCUACGUCUCUUGAUGAAGAUGCAGACGAACCUCUGUCUCGGAGCCUUCUCACACAAUGGUAUAAUCUUCGCGGUGUACAAGCUUUCCCUUCGCCCGGUCGUCCGGACAUGGCCUUUCCCUGCCUCAUCUACGAGGCUGAACCGGACACUGGGAAUCUUGUGGCUCCAGAAAAUCAGGCAUCUUACGGAGCAGCCAAGGCACUAUCAAUGAUACAGAGUCUUCGAAAUCGAUAUCACGAGUUGGGAGGUUCUCGAAUGUCCGAACGCCUGCCGGUCAUUGUCAUUUGUUCUCGAGGCCCUAUAUACGAAGUUCUCGUGGCAUUCGAUCUGCACGCAAACGAGAUUCCCCCCAAGACGACUGACCCAGCUUCCGCCAAGUCGACCGCAAAGGCAGGUGUACACCUUGUUGAGAUCUGGACGGGUAGUGUACACCGUCCAGAGGUGAUGUACCUGUUUCAGUUGCUCCUCAACAGAGUGCUGAGCUGGUUCUUAGCAACCUUCCGACCGACCAUUAUCAACAUGAUCAACACUGUCAAGGCGUCGGUUUCAUAGAAAGCACUUCGAUCUGAGUAGGCGCAAGACCAAGAUUCAGCUCCCGUACGCGGGAGACAUGUGACGAUCUGAGAUCUCUGCACUGGGAGUCUGGC